AUCUCUCUCGUCCGUCCGCCGUCGCAGUGAGUCUACCGCCGAUCGUCGAGAACGCGCGCGCGUCACACACGCCGUGUAAUAAUAAUAUUAUAUUAUUAUUUUUGUUGUGUUUUUUUUUUGUUUUCCGUCGACGUUAUCGUUUCGCGUGUGUCUAGCAGCUCUGAUAGCGACUCUGACAAUAAUUAUCGUUGUUUAUUCGCUUGUCGUGCGCACACCUUUUAGCGGUCGCGUCGUCUCUCGUCGACGGCAUUCCCAUACCGCACCGUCGCGCCGCUGAAUCAUCGUCGUCGUCCGUCGUGCGCGUACCGCCGCGGCAGUGCCAUAUCGUCAACGAUCGUCCUCGCCGCCGCCGCCGCCGCAGUAUUUGAAGAUUAUUAUUAUUAAUUUCGCGCGCACUCCGCGACCGUUUACCGAUCGAUCGGCCGCCGCCGCCGCCGCCGCCGCCGGAAUUGAUGCUGUUCGUCAUCCGAGUGCGGAUCGUCCCCUCUGCCGCCGUCGCACUCUUCGCGCUGCCGUCCGCUGUAAAUGUUUUGGUAUGAAGACAUGGUGACGUAGUUGAUCGUGUUCAAUACACUCCAGGACAAUGCUCGUUUCAAACCUCAUUCGUCGUUUUGGAACAGUAUGGGCCGCUGUUAUUGCAGUGUGCACCUGUGUUCCAGUACCAUGUCCUCAAGAUACUUGCAUGUUGCCUAAUAGUAAGGACAAUCCUCGAGACAAUCAAUGUAGAGAUUUAGAUGUAUACAUUAAAUGUAUGAAAUCAUUGUCAAAAAAAUGCCGUGGCGACAUUGGAUAUCAUUCAGCUGUUACGGUAUCAAACUCAGAGUUCAAAAAGUUAUGCACGAGUCAUGACGAUUUUUCCAGAAAUAAUAGUAGUGAACAUUCCCAAAUGGCUCAAUCAACUCAUAAUGGACCUUCUUGUCCAUUACUAUUUGAUGAUAAAAAAGAACACCGGUUUUGUGGCUUAUUUGGUGAUCCCCACCUGAGGACAUUCGAUGGAAAGUAUCAAACUUGUCGGAUUCAUGGAGCUUGGCAAGUGAUUGAGAAUCCAUUUUUUGGAAUCAUGGUAACCAAUGAAGCCAUUGUAAAUAGUACAACAGCUACUGCUCCAACUAAGUUGACGGUUAUAUUAAAAGCACAUAAACCCGAGUGUACGUUACAAAAAAUGUAUGAAGCACAAGGAGAUUUUCAGUUGCCCAGUGUAUUUGAAGAUGGCUCCACUUCGUCUGGACCAGCUACAUCACCGACCGUUUCUCUUUCAUGGCGCUCCAAUGACCCCAACAGUGAGACAGUAAUCAUACGAUUAUCGUAUAUUUCUACAAUUAUAACUGUGACUCGUGUUGGAAAAUAUUUGUCCAUUUCUGCUAAAUUGCCAGACCAGUUAACACAAUUAUUUAAUCAAGAUAAGAAUGUAUUAUGUUCUACUGGUUGUCCUCAUUCUGAACAAAUAAAUAUUAAACAAGUUGCAAUAAAUGAAUUAGAUCGUGCGUUGACUUCAUGUCACAACAGUGUUGGACCUACUGGUCAUAAACUAACGGAUCAGUAUUUAGAUUGGUGUGUGUUUGAUAUGAUGACAUCUCAUGAUGAACAGUUCAUCAAUGCUUCACAUGCAGCAUACUCUGAUGUAUUGUUUUUUGAACCGCGCUCUUUGUUUAAUAGGACGAUUAGUAUAUUCGAGUAUAAUCCUAAUUCAACAGCUGGGGCCAAUGGUAUACAUAGAUUAAAUUUAUUUAUUCUCACUAUCAUCACAUUGUACAACUUUCUUUGAUUUGAGUGUUCCUAGUAUUGUAGUUUAAGAAAAUACUAAAUCAUCAUUUACUGUCUCUACUUUACACACGUCCAACAUCAUAAAAUUAAGUUUUUCAACAUAUUUUUAUUUUAUGUAAGUUAUUUAAAUUAUGUAUAUAUAUUUUUAUUUUUUUGUUAUCUCUCAAUUUACCUUACAAUUUUCUAAUUGAAUAAAUAAGAAAAUUAAGUAAAUAAUAUUCUCCUCUACAAAUAUUACUAUGAUAUAGUUUUAAUUAUACGCGUGUAACUUAAGAACAAUUAAAGUUGAGGCGUUUUAAGUAUUCAGCAUAUUUUUAAUUUUAAUGAACAAUGUGUUUGUUUUCCUGCCAAUAUUUAUUCAACAGAUUGAUUAAUUUGUCAAACUAAAGUCUGUAGAUUAAAAAACCUAAUGACUUAAUUUAUAUUGCUCUGUACAUUUAUUUAUUUUUACAUUUUUUUAAUCAAAUGACUUUAUUUCAACAAAAAAGGUAACAAAAGUAAUAACGAACAAACACAAAUGUGCAUAUAUUAUUUUUUUUACUUAAAUUAUUUUUCAUACUUAGUAAUGUAAUUUCGAUUUUAGCUAUUUUUGAUUUGAUAUAAGUUAUUUAAUGUAAUAACUUUAUAACAUGAUUUUAUUGUAAUUUGAAUAUUAUCUCAAGAAUGUAUAUACAGUAGUUAAUUUUUGAAACUUGAGAGUUCAAUGUUUUGCAAUAAUCAAUUGGAGUAAAUAUGUAACAUCAUUGCUGUUUUUGCUAAUUGGUAGGCUAUGCUCACCAAUUGUGUAUUUGAAAAACGUUACCAUCUUAUUGUAUAAAUCAGUGUAAAAAGAAAGUAAAUAAUAUAGGUAUCAUUAAGUAGAA